GAGCCGCGGGGAGAGGCGGAGGCGCCGCCGCCUUCCCGCCUGUUGCCCCGGGCCUGGCGGCGGCCGCGGCGGUCGGCGGCGCCGCGGCGGCCGCGCCCGCGGGCGGCGGUGCCGGCGCGCCCGUGGUGCCUGGCCUGGCGGCGCUGCCCGGCCUGCCGGGCUUCGGAGGCGGCGCGGCUGCUGGGGCGCCCCCGGCGGGCGGCGCCGUGCCUGACGGCGGAGGCGCUCCCCCCGGCGGCGUGGGCGCCGCGCUGGCCGUGACUCUGAUUAGCGCCGACUGGCGCCGAGGGGUGAAUCUCGAGCUCCCGACCUUCGACGCAGCUGGAGGCAUCAGCGGGACGGCCCUCGAGGUGGGGGAGAUCGGCACCACGGGCCCCUCUGGGCAGCGCCUGAGCGCCCAGUUCAGGGGGGCGUCGCUGGCGGCCGAGGCGAUGCGGCUGGACGGCCUGUUCCCGCCGCGCGGCGCCGGGCCUGCGGGCCUCCUGCACUUGUGCGGGCAGGGGCCGGCGCUGUGCAGGGAGCCCGCUGCGCCAGGCCGAGGAGUCCUGCAUGUCGAGUGGCUGCGGCUGCGCUCGAACCGUGGGUUCGUGGAGCCGUGGGUGCGGCCGAGCGCCUUCGGUGGGCGCGGCGGCGGCGGUGCCUUGGCGGGGGCCGCCCCAGUCGGGGGCGCGGCCCCCGACCGCCUGGCGGCAGCUGCCGCGGCGCGCGCGCAGGCUGCUGCGGCGACGCCCGGCCGCGCUGGUGGCGGUCGCGGCCGCCGCCGCCCCCGGAGCUCCUCGGCCUCGCGCAGCGACGACGACGGUGAGUCGCGUUUUCGCGAGGCCCCCUCCCGCGGCGGCAGCGCACGGCUGCUGGCGGAGAAGCGCCCAGGUGCCCUGUACGACGAGGCGACGAAGAACAUCGGGCGCGUCAUGGGCCUGCGGGAGGGGGCGGACGGCUCAGAGGUUCGAGCGAAGGUCGUGGGCUACCUGCAGGCCGUGGUGUUCGGCCAUCACCCUCCAGGGCAGAUGCGGGUCAACACUCAGCGGGAGCUGCAGACGCUGGCGACCGCGAUGGACCUGCUGGAGAGUGGGUGCCUGGCGGAGUUGAGCGACGUGUUGAUGCAGCGCUUCAAGGCUCUGGAGCUUUCGCUGUCCGACGCGAGCUGGCAGGUGGCGAGCGAGCUGGAGAUCGCGCCGGACGCGCGGCCCUCGCUGGCCUCGAUGGGCGAGCAGGACCUGGCGCGGCGGGCGGCGCUGCUGCGCAGGAAGCUGAUGGGCGCGAAGAGCCGCGGCGGGCUCGGCGGCAGGGGCGCGGCGCGCUCAGGCAGCGCGGGCAGGUCGCCGUCUCCGGCGGCGCUGAGGACGCCUCGAGGCGACAGCCCGCACCCGAGGGCGGCGGACGGGCCGAGGCGUGUCUCGCUGGCGACGAGCCCGGAGCGCCACGUCUUCAGGCAGGACCAGCCCGCGGCUGCGGCGGCAGCGGGCCUGCAGCAAGGUUGCCCGCUCGCGCAGACCGCCCUGGACUUCGCCGUCGCGCUCGCCGCCUCCGAGAUUGGCUCCUGGCCGUGGUGGUGCUGCCGCCGCUCGCCGCCCAGCGUCUUCGUCGCGCCCGCCGGCCUGUGUUCCCAGAUCGCCCAGCAGGGCGAGGACCUUUUGAGCGACAAGGAGUGGGAAGGACUACGCUGCAGGCUGGUGGUCGCUGUCCUGGCGCUGAACUGGGAGUCUGGGCUCCGCUCCCUGAAGCUGGCCAGGCCCUGCCGAGGUCGAGCCAACGCCGCGCAGCAGGCAGCCCUGGUCGCUCUCGGCCGCCGCCUCCUCUUGGCUACGCGGGCCGAGUCUGCUUCACCGCCAGAUCUUGACUGGAACAUGCGGCUGAAGGACCGCAAGAUCGGCUACGGCGGGGGCGAGAUCUCGGCCCCGCAUCGGCUGGCGCUGGAGCAGGUGCUGGACGGGCUGCCGCCGCCAGGUGUCGCGGCCUCCAUCGAGGCGGCCGACCUCGCGACGGGGUUCGUGCGCGAGGCCCUCCUGGACCCGACGCUGGUGCUGCUGCCCUCUGCCCUGCGGCGGCCCGCGCCGACAUCUGCGCGCGCGUGGGCCUCGCUCGAGGAGUGGCAUCGGAUCGUGCGGGCGCUCCACGAGCGCGGGAUGGCGUCGGCGAUCCCGAGCAGCGAGAUAGCCUGUCGCGACGGAGCCCCGCUCCUGAACGGGGCGCUCGGGGUGCCCAAGCCCCGCGACGAGCCCGUGGUCUGCUGCGACGGCGAGCGCAGGCCGGUCCUGAGGCUGAUCACCAAUUUCAUCCCCUCGAACGCGUGCCAGGAGCGCAUCGUGGGAGACACCCCUGAGAUGCCGACCAUGAGCCAGCUGAACGGCCUGGUGCUGACCGAGUCGGAGGAUCUCCUGUGGAGCGCCGCGGACAGGAAGGCUUUCUUCUACGUCUUCCGCGCGCCGCCUGUGUGGUGGCUUUACAUGGUGAUAGGCCCGCCCGUCCCCUCGGAGUUGCUUGGCCUGAAGGACGGUGGGACCACGCACAUCUGCCUGCGGGUGAUCGGCAUGGGCUGGAUCAGUGCCGCGGGCGUGACGACCCACCUCCACCGGAACAUGCUGCGGCGGAGCGCCUCUGUCGCGGAGGUCGUGAGCAAGUCCGAGGCCGCGACGCUGCGAGGGACGGUGCCCGAGCUCAUCUCCGAGGCUCGCGUCUGCUAUGCGGCCGCGGGCUCCCCGGGGUCGCCGUCCAAGGACAUCCAUCGAGUGCCGCGAGCGACGACCUUGGGGGAGCUCGUCGACGGGGUCGAGGGCGUUCGGCGGCCCCCUGCGGGCUACCUUACCGAGAUGGCCAGCCUCACGGCGCUGAGCAGGAAGCGGGCCAGCAUGCGGCUGGUGCGCAUUCUGCUGGGCCGCCGGGUUCGUGUUCACUGCUUUCGGCGGCCGCUGGCGGCCAGCUUUGCCUACACCUGGAAGUGGCUCGCGAACCCGCGCACUGGCGGCCGCUUCAGCGUGAGCGUGGUCGAGGACCUCUUGAUGUGCCUUGCGCUGUCUGGGCUUUGCGUCGCUGACCUGCGCCUCGAGGUCGACCCCCUGGUGACCGCGUCGGAUGCCUCGGAGGCCGCUGGCGCCGUGGUCUACGGCUACGCCCUCUCCGACCGCGGGCGCGCGCUGGCCGAGAGGCGGCAGCGGCCCGCGAACGCCGCCUGCGAGGAGGAGACCGGCCUCGUGACUGUCUUCGACGGAAUCGGCGGCGGGCGCCGGGCUCUCGAGAUCCUCGGACUGGCCCCUGCCGUGCACCUGUCAUUCGAGGUUGACCCCACGGCGGUGCGGGUGGCCCGGCGCAGCUACCCCAGCACGCAGCACCUGGGGGACGUGACGGAGGCGGACCCGGUGGCCCUGGCAGCCCUGCUGCGCGCCCGAGGCCGCGUGUCGCGUGUGCUGGUGGUGGGCGGCUUCCCGUGCCAGGUCUUCGCGGGUCUCAACGUCGCUCGGCAGGGCCUCGACGACCCGCGCGCGGGCCUGGUUGACCACAUGAUGCGGAUCGUGGACGGGCUGCGGACGGCCAUGCCGGAGGCGUCGAUCGACUUCCUCGGGGAGAACGUCGCGUCGAUGCCCGAGUGCGACGUGCUGCGCCUGAACCAGCUCUUCGGCCGCAUCCCGCUGGAGAUUGAGGCGGGGGAUGUCGGCUGGGUGAGACGUCCGCGGCUCUACUGGGCUUCGUGGGACCUCCUGCCGUCCUUCGAGGCUGAGCCCGUCGUGGUGCGGGCCAAGACCCAGGACGUUCGGCGCGCCUGCAAGGUGGCGCUGAAGACGGAGCGGCCGCCGCUCGAGGAGUGGCUCCCGCCCGGGGCUGUGUGUCCGGGUCCCGCUGCAGGGGAGCCGCUCCCGACCUUCGUGCGCUGGACGCCGCGCUCGCAGCCGCGCCCCAGGCCUGCGGGCAUCGGGGAGUGCAGCGCUGCUGAGCUGGCGCGCUGGGAGGCGGCGGGCUUCGCUUCGCCGCCCCACCAGUUCCGUGACAAGUGGUGCAUCCACCAGGCGGAUGGCCGCGUGGAGCCGCCUGACUCGACCAUGCGAGAGAAGCUGAUGGGCUUCCCGGAGGGCCACACCGCGCCGUGCAUGACGAGCAGCCAGGCGAAGGCCCAGUCCGCCAAGUACGAGGCUCCUCGGCGGUCGCUCGUGGGCAACUCCUUCCAGUGCGAGGUCGUGGCCUGGAUCAUCAGCCACUGGGCCGUCGGAGCUGGGCUGCUGGUCUCGGUGCCCUCGCUGGGUGAGCUGCACGAGAGUGCGCGAGCCUGGGCUGGUGGCAGGAUGCUGUGGGCCGGCGACGUGACGUCGCUGCGGUGCGGUCGCUCCGGGAUAGACGAGGGCCUGCACGCCAAGCUGGACCAGGCUGGCGGGCCCAUCUACGUGGGUCGUGGGUCUCGCCGCUGGGGGCUGGCUGCCUCGCGGUGGGGCAACCCUUUCACGAUCAGCCCCGAGCGGUCACGCGAGGACGCCGCUGCCCUGCUCGCUGGUUGCAUCCGCAUGCAGCCCACCCUCCUGCAGAGCUUGGAGACGCUGCGCGGGGCCCUGCUGGUCUGUCACUGUGGGCCCAACCAGGCGUGCCAUGCGGACAUCCUCUUGGCGGAGUUGGCGAAGCGUGACGUGGUGGAGUGGCGCGAGCUGGACGCAUCCAGACGCAUCGUCAUGGGGCUCGUCAUGGCGUGCCACAACAACGGGGCAGACAUCAGGACCGAUGGCGCCUCGGAGGCGCUGGGCAAGAUCUUCCCGCGGCAGGAGAUCGACUCAGGCAUUUGGCGGUGGCGCAAGGCAAGGCAGCUAGUGUGGGAUGCAGCAGAGCACAUCAACGUUCUUGAGUGCCAGGGCGCGCUGAUGAUGAUUCGAUGGCGGGCGCGGUCGGUACGCCGCCACCAGUGCGUCUUCCUGCACCUGCUCGACAGCAUGGUCAGCAUCGGUGCGCUGUCCAAGCGCCAUUCCAGCAGUCCUCAUUUCAAUAAGGUGGUGCGGACCUUGUCGGCGCGGGAGCUUGCGAUGGGCGCGCGGGCGGUCUUCGGCUUCACGUCGUCGGCUCGCAACCCCGCGGGCGCCCUCUCGAUAAAGGCCUCGACACUGGCCCGCUACCGUGGCGCAGCUCAGCGUUUUGUUGCCUACCUUGCUGCCAAUAACCUGCCGCUGCCUUUCACCUGGGACGAUAUUGACAUCUGCCUGCAAGAUUAUCUUGAGCACUUGUGGGCCGAGGGCGCCACAAAAGGAGAAGCCAAUGACACCCUCAGCGGCGCGCAGCACCUGCUGAGGACACGGCGCCGCUAUCCUGGCGCUUGGCAGCUGCUGACGGUCUGGGGCAGACUGGAGAUCCCUCAGCGCGCGCCGCCGAUGCCUGCCCAGGUCUGCACGGCGCUCGCCGGUUGGGCGCUCAGCCGAGGAGAGGUGGCCUUCGCGGCCGGGCUGCUCGUGGCCUGCCAUCUCUGUCUCCGCACUGGCGAGGCGUUGGGGCUGAGCGGCGGCGCCAUCUGUCUGAAGCCCUGUGGCCGAGGCGCGGCGUCGUUGCCCUGGACCAAGACCUCUUGCCAGAGGGGCGCGCGGGAGCAAGUCACGCUUGACGACCCGCUGCUUGACGCAGUCGUCCAUAUGCAGCUCCAGCGUGACAGCCGGCGCGGGGGUGCCACGCAUGAGUUCCUGCUGUCGGGCGACUUGUCUAAGGUGAUGCUGCGCGGGCGCUGGAGCUCGGCAAGAACGGCAAAGAUAUACAUCCAAGACGGGGCUGCCAUCAUCGCUGAGAUGAAGCUCCAGGAUC